UAAAGAAUCGACAUUUGGUGAAUAUUUUGCCACAGAAAUCCGCACUUUCUCUGCCUUGCGUUCUGCAAGCAACAACCAAUCUCACACCACUGACCGAAACAACCACCAAACGCAACCCCCUUCCCCCACGCUCCAUCGUCAUGGCGCUGUAUCCGCCAAUCCAGCCCUUCAUGUCAGACUACCUUCAGGUGUCUGACAUCCACACCCUGUACUACGAGCAGUGCGGCAACCCCGAUGGCUACCCCGUUGUGUUCCUUCAUGGAGGACCUGGCGGCGGCUGCCGCGAGAACGAUCGCAGGUUCUUUGAUCCCGCGUUCUUCCGCGUCAUCCUGUUUGACCAGCGUGGUGCUGGUCGCUCCAAGCCCCACGCCUGCCUUGAGGACAACACGACGUGGCAUCUCGUCGCCGACAUUGAGAAGCUGCGCGAACACCUCGGCAUUGACAAGUGGGCCGUGUUCGGCGGCAGCUGGGGCUCGACGCUUGCGCUGUCGUAUUCGCAGACGCACCCCGACCGCGUGACGGCCCUCAUUCUUCGCGGCAUCUUCACCCUCCGCCGCAAGGAGCUCCUCUGGUUCUACCAGGAGGGAGCGAGCCACAUCAUGCCAGACUACUGGGACGAGUAUCUCGCACCCAUUCCCGUCGAGGAGCGCGGCGACCUCAUGAGCGCGUACUACAAGCGCCUCACAGGUGCAAACACAGCAGAGAAGCUGCAGUGCGCCAAGGCAUGGAGCACGUGGGAGUGUGCAACGGCAAAGCUGUAUGUGGACCCCGAGAACGUCAAGCGCGGCUCCGACCCGGAAUGGGCCCUGGCAUUCGCCCGCAUCGAGUGCCACUACUUUGUGAACGGCGGCUUCUUCCACUACGAUGGGCAGCUCAUCUCCGAGAGCCACAAGAUCCGCCACAUCCCCACCACUAUCGUCCAGGGCCGGUACGACCUGGUGUGCCCCAUGCGGACCUGCUGGGACCUCCACAAGAAGUUUCCCGAGGCUGACGUCAUCAUUGUCGACGAUAACGGCCACGCGAGCUCGGAGCCGGGCAUCCAGCGCGAGCUGGUUGGCGCAUGUGAUCGCCUGCGUGACGACCUCACCCAGACCAUGCAGCGGCUCUCGCUCUCGCCCCACCUCAAGCUCGCCUCCCGCCUGCAGACGGCUGCGGAGUCGAUGCUUCGCCCGGUGUCUGGUUCCCCCUACAGCACCGCCCCCUGCACGCCCAGCACCGCCGCAACACACGCGCACGGCCGCGAUGUUGGCGGUACGUACAUGCCACAGCAGCAGCAGCAGCAGCAACAGCAGCAAUCGUCGUCGUCCCUGUCAAGCACGGUGCGCAGCGAGCAGACGAGUGCACCGGGAACACCGCGUCGCUCAAGCGCAGAGGCAGAGAGCCCACGCCUGAACAAUGUGCUGCACAAGCGACCCUUGCAGCCUCCUGGUGGGUAUUCCCACAACAUCUUCGGCUGAUGCUGUUCCAACCCCAUCAUCCGCACACUCGCACACACACACACACACAAGCACGCGGUGAUGUCAUCAUCUCGUGCAGUUGUCCCGGCAGUUCACAGACGUGUGUGUGUGUGUGCAUAUGUGUGUACGUUUUUUGAGGGGGUUUCCUUCCGUUGUGUGUGCGGUGUUGUGCCGUCGCUCGGUUGUUUCUGUUUUGUUUCGUGUUGCUGUUGUGCCAGCUGACGUGGGCUGCUUCGGUGUUACAAUGAAACACACAUCGAAUUGCCAGUUGCACGCUCGCCUGCCUUUCCACCGACCGGGUGUGGUCACACAACGAUAGUACAACCACAACAACCACGCA